AUGAGUACUCUCUCUGAAGCCUACAGAGACCAUCCUCUCCAUCUCCACCAUAUUAUACCCCUAGAUUUCGAUUCGGUUCGGACCGUGCCCGACUCACAUGUAUGGCCUACAUCCCAUGCCUUCGAGUCUGAUGACCAAUUAUCGAUUCCCACGGUUGAUCUCAUGGAUCCAGAUGCGGUGAAGCUUGUAGGGCAUGCUUGUGAGACAUGGGGUGUGUUCCAAGUCAUAAACCAUGGCAUUCCGUUGGACGUAAUAGAUGAAGUUGAGUCCGAGGCUAGAAGACUCUUCUCUCUCCCGACAGGACAUAAAUUGAAGGCCUUAAGGUCUCCUGGCGGAGCCACCGGCUAUGGCUUAGCUCGGAUUUCACCAUUCUUCAGCAAGAAAAUGUGGCAUGAAGGGUUUACAGUCAUGGGUUCUCCUGUAGAUCAUGCCAGGGAACUUUGGCCCACUGACUACCAGCGGUUUUGUGAUGUAAUGGAAGAUUAUCAGAAGAAAAUGAAGGAGCUAGCCAUAACCCUAAUGCAUCUGAUCCUCAAGUCCUUGGACUUGUCUGAAGAAGAAAUAUCCAAGGUUGUUUCACCUGGAUGUGCCAGCACUGCUUUACAGCUGAACUCCUAUCCAUUCUGUCCUGAUCCAAGUCGAGUCAUGGGUCUAGCUCCUCACACAGACACCUCCCUCUUGACAAUACUGCAUCAAAGUACAAUAAAUGGCUUAGAAAUCUUCAAAGAUGGAGUUGGUUGGGUUUUAGUAUCUCCUACAAAUGGAUCACUAGUAGUAAAUGUUGGUGAUCUCUUGCACAUUCUCUCAAAUGCUCAGUUCCCGAGCAUUCUUCAUCGUGUGGUUUUAAAAGAGAAACAACAGAGACUGUCCUUGGCUUACUUUUACAGCCCUCCUACUGAUUUCCAUGUCUCUCCUCUGGCUUUGAAUCCUGCCGAAAUUCCCCUGUAUCGUUCUGUGUCGGUGAGAGAAUACAUUCACAUCAAGGCGAAGAAUCUUGAGAAAGCACUUUCUUUGGUUAGAAUUUAG